AUGGCCGAAGCAGUUGCCAACUGCAAAACCACGUCCCGAGGGCGAUCGCGGCGGAGCCGGCGCGCUGCCGCCGCCAAUCCUCGCUCCCGUCUCUGCCAGCAAAAGCGCCGGGAGCCGGAGCCGGGAGCGAGAGCAGCCGGAGCCGGGAGCGAGAGCAGCGGGAGCCGGGAGCGAGAGCAGCGGGAGCCGGGAGCGAGAGCAGCCGGAGCGGCGGGAGCGGCGGGAGCGGUUCCCGGCUGCUGCAGCCCGAGCGCCGGCCGCAGCGACCAUGGAGGAAAACCGGGGCUGCCGCUGGCCACCGCCGCCGACUCCACGGCGACGCUCAACAAGCUGGCCCUGGCCACGGGCGGGACCGAGAAAUCCUGGUACCGCUGCAUCUUCCCCUUCGGCAUCGUGUCCGUGGUCAUCGGCGUGGCGGCGACGUGCAUCACCUUCACCAUCAAUGGCCCGCAGAUGGACAUCGCUAAGGUGGUCUCGGUGGCCACCCUGAUCUUCGGGCUGGGGCUGCUGGUGGCCGCCUACGUGUGCUGGCGAGCCAAGCGCGAGAGGCAGCGCAAGCGGCAGCGCCAGGAGCCCGUCCCCCUGGAGCAGGGAGCCCUAUGACCCGGGCUGGGGAGGGGCAGAGGCUCCGCACCGCCCGGAGCCCCCUCCUGACACCCUCCCCGCUCCGAGGGCAGCCCCGCCGCCAGCCGCGCUCCCUUCGGCGGGGCAGCCGCGCUCCCCGGGACGCUCCGUCGCACCCGCCUGCCCGGCAGCGGCCUCGGAGGAGCUCGGAGAGCGGAGCUCGGAGCGUGUUCCCGCUGCCCUGCCCCGCCGAGCCCGCGGCCGCACGGGGGAUGCCGGGCAGCCCGCCGGCCCCUGCGCGCCGUGCGAAGAUGCCGCUGUCACCUCUGCCCUCCGGUGAGGGUUUUCUGCCGUUGCGAGGAUGUUUGUGGCUCAGAACAGACAAAAAGAGUUUCGAAGGAAAGUCGCUGCGUGCUCGGAGGCGCCGGAGAUGGGGCAGAGCCGGGGGCUGUGCGAGCAGGGGGCUGGCGGCAC